GGGGGGAGUUUUUUUUAUGAUCAUAUGCCCUCAGGUAGGAUCAGUACUAUCUUCUUUUUUUUUUUUUUUUCAAAAAGAAAUUGCACUUUUAUUAACAGGGCCCAGUGCCCAAGGGUAGGAUAAGUACUAUCAAUGGGACGCUGGACCCGGUUUCCAGCAUGUGCCGCUCCCCACCAAUAGAUGGAGCAGCCCGACAGGUCAAGCAAGAUAAGGUCCUUUUGAAAAAGGCUGUUAUCUGUGAGUACAGCGUGCAGGUUGAUUUUGCUUUUCUGGAAGCGAGCCAGGAAGGAGUGGGAGAGUGGAGGAGAGAGGAAGAGAGAGGAGAAGAGGGGAGGGGGGCGGGGGCAAGUGAGGGGAGGGCGAGUUUUUGUCAGGAGGGUAAGGACAGAACAGAUUCAUCAAUGCGUCCGUCGGCGCCGCCGCCUUUGCCCGAGAAACUGUCGAAGAUGGUGAGAGGGAAGAUAGAGAUACGCAGGAUCGACAAUGCAACGAGCAGGCAAGUCACAUUUUCAAAGCGGCGCAACGGACUGCUUAAGAAAGCCUACGAGCUGUCUGUUUUAUGCGAUGUCGACAUCGCCGUGAUCAUUUUCUCACCCACGGGGAAGAUUUUCGAGUAUGCAAGCACAAGUAUGGGAGACAUACUUGAUCGGUACAAUAAUUUCCCGGAGGAGCAACGGCAGCGGUCUUCCCGAAAGCUGGACAACAUAGAUUUUGAGUUUGAGUUUGAGUUUGAGUUUGAGUUUGAGUUUGAGUUCGAGUUCGAGUUUGAGUUUGAGUUCGAGUUCGAGUUUGAGUUGGGCUUUGACUUUGACUUUGACUUGGACGUGGACUUGGAGUUGGGCUUUGAAUUGGGUUUGAAUUGGGCUUUGACACGCCUAACUGGCGAAGACCUUGCAAAAAUGUCUGUUAGCGAUUUGGAAGCGUUGGAGACCAAGCUGGCGACAGGCCUUCUGAGUGUCAGGAAAUGCAGGGAGGGAAUGUUGCGGUCGGAGAUAAAAUCGCUGAGGGAACAGAGGAUAGCUGCCAGCGCUGGCCUGUGCCGAUAUCAGGAUCGAGACCCUAGCUGUACGGCGGAGAUGCAUAUGACGACUUUCUCCAUGUGGCGGGGAGAGGACGGCUGGAGCCAUCCGGCGUCUCAUGUGGGAGGCCAAGCUCCCGACGGCCACGGAGAGCGAGGAAAGGGAGGCGGAAAGCACAACCACAGCCAAGAGCAGGAGGACAAAAAAGCCAAGCAGGACGACGACGAUGACGACGACGACGAGGAGGACGAUGAGGCUGAGGGAGAGGGUGGCGGCGUUGGGAUCCCCACCUGGGUUGGGACAAGUCAUCAUUGCUUUGAGGUGAACGACUGUCAACCGAAUAUGACCGACCUUUUCUGUUCUUAGAUGAAGCGGUUGGGAUCCCAGCCCAACUUUGGUUGCGGUUGGGACAGGUUAUCAUCAUCAACUGCUUUUUUCGAUCAAGAAGGAUGAUGUGAAAAAAUGGCACCAAAAAAUGGCACCAGGGCCCAGGCAUCUAUCCAGUGGGAUCCCCAACCUGACAAGUCGGGUUGGGACAGGCCGGCAUCAAUUGCUGGUACACCAGUUAUCUUAAGGGGAGGGAAGUAUGUCAUCAGUGUGUGUCGUCAAUCAAAUCGGCAGCCAGGCAGGAAGUAAGCGGUAUCGUCAGAAGAUCGUGUGUCGAUCAAGCUAGCUGCAGUGCAGUACAGUACAGAGAACCUAAGGGCAUACUUGCAUCAGGAAUCGUAAUGAAUGAAUCUGACAACG